GCUGGCAGGUGUACUCUCCAAACGUUCCUCACAGUUCACGGAGCCUUAAAGUGGAAGGUCUUACUCCAGGAGAGACUUACACGUUCAGGAUCAUGGCUACUAACGACAGAGGCAACAGUCCGUAUAGCGUUGCGUCCACGGCUGUCUCUACUCGCCUUGCCCUGCCGACAGGAGCCCCUCGCGAUGUCAGAAUACAAGCUGCGUCUCCAACGUCGCUUGUUAUUGAAUGGGCGGCUCCUUUCCCUCAAGAGCUAGGAGGAACUCUUCAGGGCUUUAUAGUGAAUCACAGGGAACAGAGCUCUGCUAGCAGUGGAUUUAGCGAGGCCCGCUUGGACGCUAACACCCGUCAACAUGUUUUAAACAACUUGAAAGUGUUCACCGUCUACGAAGUGAAAGUGGCGACUGUAAACAAUAAGGGGCCUGGGCCCUAUACUCCUUUGUACAGGGCCACAACUGGAGAAAAACGUAUGGACAAACCAGAGAAUGUCAAGUUAAUCGUAAAUGACUCAAACAUCUGUAAGGGUGAUUUCAUCAGUAUCACCUGCUCAGCGGACGGUAAACCUAGUGUUCAUACUUAUCAACUGUUUGAGAAUGAUAUACAAGUUUCUGAUAGUGACACAGCAGGAGUAUGGAAGAGAACGAUGUCAGCUCAAGGAAACUUCAAGUACAGAUGUGUGGCCAACAACACUGUAGGCACAAGUGAAACGAAUGUUACAGUUACCGUCAAUGUCCCAACAGUUGUUUAUCCACUGGAUAACAUCACUGUUACAGAAGGUGAAAACAGGACCUUAACCUGUAAUGUUUCUGGGAGUCCUACGCUAUCUGUAGCAUGGAUAGAGGUGAGGACUGGAAUCCGUUCAAUGGGAAUCAGACGUGAGCUCACACAUAUCAACAGGAAUGAGUCUGGGGAAUAUAAGUGUGAAGUGCGCAACUCUUGUGGAAGUACUACCACAAGCAUAUUUCUCAUUGUGCAGUGUAAGUGACAGUAUUUUUGAGCUUUAUUCUGAUUGUUUCUUUUUAGAUUAGACAUGUUUCUCAUCUACGUAGCCUAAUAAGUCUUCAUGGAUACAAUCUAAUGUUGUUUUACAUUAGCAUUAGUUUUCCCAGUACAAUCAAGCAAGUCACCUGCAGUUUUGCUGACACGGCAGUGUGCCAAUUUCGCUUAAGUCAGACAUGAUUUUUUUUUCCAGUCUAGGUUGCAUAAGUUUGUUUUUAAUAAAUAUAAUUAUUUCAAUCAAUAUUCUGGACACAAUAUAAUUUUUAACAAGUUGUGUUUGAAGAGGUACAUGGAAAUAGACUGUUGUUACGUAAGUACCAACAUGCAGAGAAAGUUGUGUCCGAUAACAUGGGGCUUACAGUGAGUUUGGCCGUAAUGGCUACUGGAUUCUAUCAUUUGCUUGCCUGUCAGGAAAGUAAAAUUUGUUGGGAAAAUAAUAUUGUUGAGGAAAUUCCAAUUUCAGAAGUACUGUAGAGUUGAUGUUAGUGUACAGUAUACAAUGUAAGUUAAAUUUUAAAUUAAUUAAUCGUGCUAGUGAGAAUGACUUUUGGACUGUGACAUGGUAGUCACAGCUUCACUGAAGUGCAAGCACAAGCAUUGGCAUUUAUGAACCUAAAAAAUGAUCUUACCUGAGCACAACAAACUGCAGCUAUAAAGACAAAACAUUCAUUUAUACCAUUCUUGAAGUUCUUGACUCUAUGGUUGCAAGCACGCUACAUGAGUUUACAAAAAACUUGUCAUAAGAAAAUGAAGUACAUGUACGUUUACAUGUACAUAUAUAGAGGAUAUUACG